UCGUACCGUGCGGUCCGCUGCUAAGUCGUUUUCUGCGUUCGCGUCUCACGCACGCCACACCCGCCGCACUUGUCCGUUCGCCCUCCCCCCGCGCUAGCUCGAAAACGUAGUGUUCUCAGUUCUUCUCUGCUCUCGCAUAUUUAUUCCGUGUCAUACACGUCGUCCCCGUUAUCUCCGUCGCGCGCCAUCCGCUCUUCCGAGUGCCGUCCGGGUCGCGUUCGCAGCACUGUUCCGAGUUUUAUUUAUUUUAUUUUAAUAUUACAAGCGUAUGUAAAUAGUGUGUUAAGUCCGAGUAAUAAAAAAAAGUCGAUUCGCGAGUUUCGUGUGUAAGUUUCCCGGGCGACGUCCAACACGAUCAUCACUGUACGGACCGCGACAACAAGAGGAAACUCGCGCGGAAAGUGGAAUACGCGUCGCGUAGAACACCGUUAACGGACAUCGCUUACCGGCCGUCUGACCUUGUUGACCUAGGACCUUACUUUGUUUUGUACGGAUUUUGACCGACCGCCAUCGAUUAAAACGGAGAGAGAAAGUUGCACACUAUUUGCCAAGUACGGUUAUUUUAGCGUUCGCCGAAAAUGAUAACUCCAGUAGGCCAAAGAAGCUGAUACAAAAUUCAAACACGAUUGUUCGAAAUGGCCGUAAAAAUCGACGACGGAAAUCAUCGAAUCCAUUCUUCACACGUCACCACGCGGUCUCUUUCAAUUGCGUUCAGCUGAAGUAAUAUUAUGGAUUUCGGUUAUAGCAACAUGCUAGAAAAAACUAGAAAGUACUUUCAAGGGAUCCCGACGGACGGCCAGCUGGAGUUACCGCACCAAAUGCACCCGCACCAUCCGGACGCUAACGGCAGGACGGCGAUGAACUCCGAACCGUCCUCGGCGGCCGCCGAACGUUUCGGUUACCAUCCGCACAUGCGGUACACUUACCAGCCGUAUUCGUCGCCGGGCCACUAUCCGCGUACAGCGGUCGACCCGAAACCGGCCGCUUUCCAGUCGCAGUUCCAGCCGCCGUCGACCGUGUUUCAAAAGCGGCAGCAACUGUUCCUGUCCACGGCGGCGGCAUCGGCCACCGGUCCGCCGUCUCCUUACAAAUCUCCUUACCAACAGCCACAACAACAACAACAACAGCACAUCAAACCGCCGGCCGCGCAGCAACCGCAAUCGUCGUUCAAAGUAACGCCGCCGCAACCUGUUCCGCAGCAGCAACAGCAACAACAGCCGCCGCCGCCGCCUCAACAUCACCAAUCGCCAUAUAAAUAUGCGCCCAGCAAACCGCAGCAGCAAUCGCCGUACCCGCCGGCACCGGUGCCUUCGCCGUAUACGAUUUCCAAACCGUCGCAAUCGCCGUUCACCGUGCCCAAGGAACAGCAAGGCGGCGUACAACCACCCACCGUGCCAGAAACGCCGCCGCCGACGCCGCAUUCCCAUUACUUAAACAGGAACACGGUGUCGUCGCACAGCCAAGCCCUGCAAGACAGGGAUUAUUUGAGGUUCAAGCCAAUACAAACACCGCCCAAGUACCAUCCGUUGGAAAGACCCAAGUCGGAAUUGCCGGCUGGUAUGGUGCCGAUAACUGGUGGUUCGCAAUCGUCGCACUUGGCCAUCAGGUAUGAUCCCAAGUUGGAGCAACCCCGCAGUGGAGUUCGAGCCGUGCCCAUCGCUCAAGCCAAACCGGCCGAAGCCAACCGCGUGAUCGUGCAAAAACCCGAACCUCUGCGCUACCACCGCACGGUGGCCGCCGACGACAAACGACCGGCCUCGGUACAGCCGUCCUACCUUGAGUCCAGGCCGUUCCAAAUUAAGCCUUACGACGGCGGCAGUACCAGCAACAAUAGCUCCUCGAGCAGUAGCAACAACGGCGGCGGUGGUCAACAGUACCACAGGCCGUUCGCUCCUCAACAGCCAUCGACGUCCGCGUCCACCGAUCAUCGGUGGAAUGUGUUCGGUCGGCAAGACGCUCGGACGCCGGUGUUUCAACCCAACGGCGCCGCCAUAAACGGAUUCCAUCAACCGGCCUCCACGUCGGCAUCACCUCACCACCACCAACAAACUACCUCUGCCGUUCAUCUGACUCCUCGCCAACCACAACAGCAGCAGCAACAACAACAACCAUCACCGCAGCAACCGGCGCAGAUCCAGAAUUACCCGCUCAACUUGCAAAAAACAACGCUCCCCGUCAGACUGCCAGUCCAAAUAACAACUCAGAUAAAAGUCACUCGCGAAAACAGCAGUACUCGAAUGUCCACUUUGAGAUUUGAGGCCAAACGUGAAUCUCCCUUGGACUUGUCCGUCAAGACUGUUUGUCGGUCGGCGGAUUCAACUGAUGAUCGAAUUCAUCCUUUCGGGCACGAUAUUCCAAAAGUCAAUUUCAAACCGGAUUUCAAUGUAUGUCGUACCACCACACCGCCGGUCUACCAGCAAACUAAUUCUCAGCAGAAUUACCAACAACCCCUACCACCACUGCCAGCAACUCAGCCCCAACCUCCAACCAGCCUGUCGUCUGCUGACGAAGCAUGGCGGGCUGCUAUCGACAGACAGAUAGAAUAUAAAUUUAAUUUGUACACUUCGUCAAAGAAACAACAGCUGCAACAACACAGUCCGGCACAGGCGGACAAACGGGUAUUGGAAAUACUUAAACAAAAUAUUGAAGCUCGUGACGCAAGCAAACCACAAAUCGCGGAAGCACCAUCCACUCCUGCCAUGGUGUUCUCAACACCUAUUCGAAAAGAACCAUCGACUACACCUUUGAAAAAGACAGAUUAUUAUAUGACUGAACGUACUGGAACGCCUUUUCCGAAGAAGAUAGACUAUUACAUGGACAGGGCAAACUGCAAUGCCCCUCGUAUUAAGACAAAGGCUGAGAGGAAACAAAUAACCACCGAGAGAUCGUGUAAUAACAUGAGGAUAAGUAGUCCAAUGGCUGCGGCUACAGCCAUUUCCCCCCAUCCGUUUUUACCGUCGCCCAACGCCACUCCUCCGACCAAACAAGAACAAAUUCCGCCCGCUCAAACCCAAGUGGCCAUAGAUCUAAAAUUAGAAAUAAAGAAAGAACCAUCGCCGAUCAAAGAUUCAGAACUGUGUUUGUUAAACAAAGACAACGUAGAAAAAGAUAAUGAUGACGAUGAAGACUUUUGGAUGAAUACGUGCAACUCGUUUGUAUCUCAACUAGCAGAGACACAAGAUAAUAAAAAAGUUAAAUCACCAACCAAACGAAAAGUGCCCAAAGAAUCCAAAAGAAAAUAUACUAAACGUAUUAAAGUUGAGCCGGUUUCAGGCUCUGAGCAAGAUAAAUUAUGUGAAGAGUAUGUGGAAAAACCAACAGAAAAUAUUAAACUGGAAUUGCCACAAGAGAAACCCUCUGAUGAACAGAAAUCCAAGGUCGAUGAUGUACCAAAAGCCAGUACAGAAAACGAAAGAAAAUCUGUCUUUACGGAUAAUAUUGAUAAUAGUAAACUUUUAGACAUUGAAGAACCGGUGAAUGAAAACAUAAAUGAUAAACGACCAAAACAAAAGCCACACAAGAAUGCUAACAUUAAGCCUUAUCGGGCUGUGCCUGCUAAAUACAUUAAUCGUUAUCUGAAAAAGAAUGAAAAAGAAGAGCUAUUGAAAAAAGAGAAGAUUAAAAAACAAGUAGAAGUCAAAAAGGAAAAGAAGCAACUUAAAGUAGAAAAAAAAGAACUAAAGAAAGAAGUUAAAAUCGAAAAGAAAGACUUAAAGAAAGGAGAAAAGAAAGAUGUAAAAAAGGAAGUAAAAAUAGAAAGAAAAAAGGUGAAAAAAGACAUAAAGAAAGAAGAAAAAAAAGAUUUGAAAAAAAACGACAAGAAAGAUGAUAAAAAAGACACCAAAGAAGAAAAAAAAGAUGUUAAAAACAAAGAAGAAGAAAAGAAAGAAGUGAAAAAAGAAUUAAGAAAAGAGACCACCACUAGGAAAAAAACUGAAAAAGAACAUGUAACGAGAAACGAAAACACGAGAAAGUCUGAUGGGAAAUAUAACCCACGACAAUCCCUUAGACGAAAAAACUCUUUAAAAGAUUAUACUUAUGCAUUUGACGAGCUUUUAGAUGACGCCUUUGCACAUUUUGAGGAAGAAAAGAUACCUACAAAACGGAGGAAGAAAUGCUCAUCUCCAACUCCAGCUCCGGCAGUCGUAACUAAAAAAUUAAACAAUAAGGAAAAUGACGAAACAUUGAAAAUGAGAUUGAGGUCUCGCAGUAAACCGCUGGCAAAACAAGAGCCCGUCAAAAAGAAAAACGCCGUUAAAAACAUUCCAAAACGUAGACGAAAGAAAUCGCUAGGUGAGAAGUCUUUACAUACACCCGACUGGAAAGAUGAGUUGUAUAAGUUUAAACGAUCAUUGCGUUUACCGUCUAAAUUAAUAUCUGUAGUAUCCGCGCCAACAACCGGUACUGUGGGGGCUGACCAAGUCUCGCUUACGUCAAUUAUGGAUAUUUCUCACAUGCCGCCUGUCAAAGAACCAAAAGUAAAUUCUCAGGUAGUCGGCAAAAAAGGGUUAAAAAAUACAAUAAAACGAAUAGGUCAUCUUUUUGGUCGACGAGAUGUAUUUAAGGGUAGAAUAAAGCGCGAAAAAAUUGUGUCUGCUGAAAAGUUAAUGCAGCGUAACUUACGUAAACGUAGGCAAGAAAAUGAAAAAAACGAUGAAGUUGUAAACAAGGAAAUUGUUGUUGAUGAUAGUCAAUUACAUGAAGUAAUAGAAGAAAAGCCAGCUGCGCAAAUUUUUUUUAAAAGGAAGCUGAUACGCAAGAAAUUUAGGUCAGGAUUUGACUACAUAAAAAAGAAAAAGAAGAAGUGUACUACGACAGAACCCAUUGAAAAGAAACCAGUGGUGAUUCAGCCACAACUGAAACCUGUUACUCCUCGAUUCGCAUCGGAGAUUCAAGCUGAAGUCAAAGGAUGGAUUGUAAACAAAGGGCACGGUGAAACUAUACUGCAUCGUGCUGCGAGACAAGGUUGCAAGGAUGUUGUCGCGUAUUGUAUAGAGAGACUUGAAUAUGUUCCUUCAAUUGCCGACAAUGCAGGAUAUACGCCGUUGCACGAAGCGUGUUCACAAGGUCAUUAUGAAAUUGCUAAGUUGUUGCUUCAGUUCGGUGCCGAUGUCAGUGCUAGCGCCCAAGGAGGCAUACGGCCGUUACACGAAGCCGUAGAAAACGGUGAUGUCCAUUUGGUACGAUUGUUACUCAGUUACGGAGCUGAUCCGAAAUUGGCUACCUAUUCAGGACAAUCUCCAUUGUCGAUAGCUACAGAUAAGCAAACUAAGAUGCUCCUCGAGUUCCACAUGAAUGAUAUUCAAGGCACUGGCAACGUACCGGUUUGGAAUUUUGACGAAACUUCUUUAAAUUGUGAACCUCAAUUUGUCGAUCGUAUGUUGUGGUUAUCGCCUCCACAGUCUUCAUCGGAAAACCCAACAUUUCAGCUUGAAUUUUCUGAACAAACGCUGCCCGACGUGUACAGAUUAUUGGACAGCAGCGACGACACCGAGUGGGUGUUGUUUUCAGACGUAUCGAGUGCUUUAUCCGUCAAAACGACCGAGGCUCUAGUCAAAUUACUCGAUGAUGAAAACGCAACGACCACGAUUCCCGCAGCACGUUUUAAUGAGUGUUGUUCAGCCAAAACACCAUUAGGGUAUUGUAAACCUGAACCGCCAAAGGUGGUAUCCGAAGAAAGCGGUCCUAUCGUUUUAGUACGCUAUGAUAACAAAAUUAAAGAGAUGUUAGGCGUUGAUGUAUAUACAGUGAGUUGACAAAUAUAACUUGCACAGGGUGAGUUACCGUUAAUUUUAAAACCGCUAAGCUAUAUAAACUUAACUAAUGUAAUAAAAUAUUGAAAAUUAUAUCAAUGUAAGUUACCCAUUUUUUCUUACGAUAAAAAAUGAACAAUUUAAAAAAAAGGUUAGUUAAUUUUAAUUGCAAUUGACAUACAAGUAGUAUUAUUUUUAUUUUGUUACUUUAAAUUAAUAUUGGUAUACCUCUUUGUUAAUUCUAAUUACGUUUUAAUUUAUAAAUAUUAUAUACAAUUUUUAAACUCUUGUUUGUUUUGUUUGAUAAUUUUUUCGAGUGCAAAUAUUUAUAUUAUAAUAUGUGCAAUUUUAUUAUACAUUUUCUAAAUACAAUUAAAAUAAUGAAUUUAAACUGCGAUAAUAAAAGUGUGUAACUAUUACAGUUUUAGCCCAU